CCCGAGGAUGUUCAGAUAGGGACAGAAGCGGGUAAAAGGCUCCAGCAGGCGGAGGGCAGCGCCCGCGGCCGGGAAGGGCGGAACCCAGAACGGCUUCCGGGACGCGCAAGCCGGCACUGCGCAGCCGCGGCGGGCGGAGAGUCUGGCGCUGGCCGCCCGGCGCGGGCCGAAGACCAUGAGCACCGCGGGCCCGGGCGGUGGCCGCCGGGCGCGAGUGUCCCGCCUUGUCUCCUUCAGCGCGAGCCACCGGCUGCACAGCAAAUCUCUGAGUGAUGAGGAGAACUUGAAACUGUUUGGGAAAUGCAACAAUCCAAAUGGCCAUGGACACAAUUAUAAAGUUGUGGUGACAGUAUAUGGAGAGAUCAAUCCUGUUACAGGAAUGGUUAUGAAUUUGACUGACCUCAAAAAAUAUAUGGAGGAGGCCAUCAUGAAGCCCCUUGAUCAUAAGAAUCUGGAUCUGGAUGUGCCAUAUUUUGCAGAUGUUGUAAGCACAACAGAAAACGUAGCUGUAUUUAUCUGGGAAAACCUCCAGAAAUUUCUUCCUGUGGGAGUUCUUUAUAAAGUAAAAGUGUAUGAAACUGACAAUAAUAUUGUAGUCUAUAAAGGAGAAUAGUUCUUAGGGAUUAACACUGUAGAAAGUCUAAUUUCUUUCCAUAUUUAAAAAAGAUCUGUAUCCUCUUGGAAUAUUAAGUAGUCACCACAUAAUUGUUGUUCUGCAUUGUGUUCUGAAGUGCCUGAUUUAUUGAAAUCAUUGUAAAACCUGUUGUGAAUUUAAAUCUAUUUUAAAAUAAAGCUUGUAAUGUAUCCUGAAUAUCACUUAGAGAAUCCUUUAUCUGUAGAUUAAAAAUCACUUCAUCUUCAGCAAAAUGUUUUGGCGUGGUAUUAUUUCAAAGAAAAAGAAACCUGUAUUCUCUGUUAUCUCAUUUUUAGAAUUCAUUUUUUCUUAAUAUAAAUGGUACAAGUGUUUAUGCAAUUUAAAGUAGAUGAAUAUUAUAAAAAAUAAAAUUAAGCACUGGUGUGGUAGUACAUUGCCUGUAAUCCCAGGUACUGGGAGGCUGAGGCAGGAGGAUUACAAGAUCAAUGCUAGCCUAGGCAAUUUAGUGAGACCCUGUCUCAGUAUAAAAUAAAAAGGGCUGGGGAUGUAACUCAGAUGUUAGAGCACUUGUUUACCAGGCCAUGGGUUCAAUCCCCAGUGAGAAAAAAAAAAAUUUAGAUAACUACAAAGUCUGGAGACAGUAGGUAUCAAUUGAACUCCCUUGGUUACUACUUUUUGGGUAUGCUAAAUGCACAAGUUCAUUCAAUGAAAAUCAGACACACAGAUUAUCUAAGAUAGUACAUUGCUGAUGCAGGCACAAAGAUGGAUGGAAGUGUUGCUUUCAUGGACAUUAGUCAUUGCAGCUUUACACAGCUAUUGAAGUAUAAAUUGCUAGUGAGGAAGAGCAAUUAAACAUAUAAUACAGUAUCAGUAAACUGUUAUGUGUAUUUGUGUAGAACUCCAGACAUUAUAGCCACUUGAAUAAUUUAAACUUGGAAGACUGCAGAAUAAUGAUAUAUUUUAAACCAUAUUAAAAUAGCCAACAUAAAAGGAUCUGCUACUCUAUGAAGUAUUUCCUGUAUGCAAUUUUUCCUAACUGAUCCCAUUUUAUUCUGAUCAUUAAACUUACCUGUAUGAGUUGAAUUGUGUU